GGGGUUGUCACGAUGUAUCAUCGGCGAGGGGUAGAAGACAUCUUGGAGAAAGAUCAGGGGAAAUGGGCAUUGCUGCGGAACGUCAACCAGGCCGUGAAGCCAAGCACGUUGCUACCGGGCGAUUAUGUCUGGUUGGAUCUCAAGACGGGUCGGGAAUUUGACGUUCCGGUUGGAGCCGUGGUCAAGCUGUGCGACUCCGGCCAGAUCCAGGUUUUGGAUGAUGAAGGCAACGAACACUGGAUUUCACCCCAAAAUGCUACAAACAUCAAACCAAUGCACCCGACCUCAAUCCAUGGAGUGGAAGACAUGAUCCGCUUGGGCGACCUCAAUGAGGCAGGGAUCCUCCGUAAUCUACUCAUACGGUACCGUGAACACCUCAUAUAUACGUACACGGGCUCCAUUCUGGUUGCCGUCAACCCCUACCAGUUACUGCCUAUCUACACCCCGGACCAGAUCCGCCUCUACACCAACAAGAAGAUCGGGGAGAUGCCGCCGCAUAUCUUUGCCAUAGCCGACAACUGCUACUUUAACAUGCAGCGGAACAGUAAGGACCAGUGCUGCAUCAUCAGCGGCGAGUCUGGAGCUGGAAAGACCGAGAGCACGAAACUCAUCCUCCAGUUCCUGGCGGCCAUCAGCGGCCAACACUCGUGGAUAGAGCAGCAAGUGCUGGAAGCCAACCCCAUACUAGAGGCUUUCGGGAACGCCAAGACGAUUCGCAAUGACAAUUCUAGCCGAUUUGGUAAAUACAUCGAUAUUCAUUUCAAUAAAAAAGGAGCAAUAGAAGGAGCGAAAAUUGAACAGUAUCUUCUGGAGAAGUCGCGUGUCUGCAGACAGGCUCAGGAUGAACGGAAUUAUCAUGUCUUCUACUGUAUGCUGAAAGGAAUGCCCCCGGAACAGAAGAAAAAGUUAAGUCUUGGGCAAGCAACUGACUACAACUACCUCUGUAUGGGUAACUGCACAACCUGCGACGGAAGAGAUGACAGCAAGGAAUACGCCAACAUCCGCUCAGCCAUGAAAGUCCUGAUGUUUACCGAGACCGAGAACUGGGAAAUCUCUCGGCUCCUUGCUGCCAUAUUGCACCUGGGGAACCUGCGCUAUGAAGCGCGCAUGUACGAUAACCUGGACGCCUGUGAAGUGGUCUAUUCUACCUCGCUGACCACGGCAGCUACAUUACUAGAGGUUGAACCGCAGGACCUGAUGAACUGUCUCACCAGCCGUACCAUCAUCACCAGAGGUGAGACCGUGUCCACCCCACUCAGCAUGGAGCAGGCACUCGACGUCAGGGAUGCCUUCGUGAAGGGGAUCUACGGAAGGUUAUUCGUGUGCAUUGUAGAAAAGAUAAACGCCGCCAUAUAUAGGCCGCUGUCCAACGAGCCUAAGGUCACCAGGAGGUCCAUCGGUCUGCUGGACAUCUUUGGGUUUGAGAACUUCACUGUAAACAGCUUUGAACAGCUCUGCAUAAACUUCGCCAACGAGAACCUCCAGCAGUUUUUCGUCCGCCACGUCUUCAAGUUGGAGCAGGAAGAAUAUAAUCUUGAAAAUAUCAACUGGAUGCACAUUGAGUUCACCGACAACCAGGACGCCUUGGACAUGAUCGCCAUUAAACCCAUGAACAUCAUCUCGCUUAUAGACGAGGAAAGCAAGUUUCCAAAGGGCACCGAUACCACUAUGCUGAAUAAAUUAAAUACCCAACAUAAGCUUAAUACAUUCUACAUCCCCCCGAAGAGUAACUAUGACACCCAGUUUGGGAUCAACCACUUUGCUGGAAUUGUCUUCUAUGAAACCAAAGGUUUUCUGGAGAAAAAUCGAGACACUCUUCACGGAGACAUCAUCCAACUGGUCCAUUCCUCCAAAAACAAAUUCAUCAAACAGAUUUUCCAGGCAGACGUAGCCAUGGGCGCAGAGACCCGGAAACGCUCGCCGACCCUCAGCAGCCAGUUUAAGCGCUCGCUGGAGCUCCUGAUGCGCACGCUCAGCGUCUGCCAGCCCUUCUUCGUCCGCUGCAUCAAACCCAAUGAGUACAAGAAACCUAUGCUGUUUGACCGGGAGCUGUGUGUCCGCCAGCUGAGAUACUCCGGAAUGAUGGAGACGAUUCGGAUCCGCAGGGCCGGGUACCCCAUACGCUACACGUUCGUUGAGUUCGUGGACCGGUACAGAGUAUUAAUGCCAGGAGUGAAGCCGGCGUACAAACAGGGAGACCUCCGGGGGACGUGUCAGCGGAUCGCAGAGUGCGUGCUCGGCAGAGAUGACGACUGGCAGAUUGGGAAAACGAAGAUUUUUUUGAAGGAUCAUCACGACAUGCUUCUGGAGAUUGAGCGGGAUAAAGCCAUCACUGAUAAAGUCAUCCUCAUCCAGAAAGUGGUCAGAGGGUUCAAGGACAGAUCGAAUUUCUUAAAAGUCAGGAAGUCGGUGCUGUUAAUCCAGAAAUACUGGAGGGGCCAUAACUGCCGGAAGAAUUAUUCCCUGAUGAGGAUUGGAUUUCUCCGUCUCCAAGCUCUCUAUCGCUCCAGGAAGCUCCACCAGCAGUACUACGUCGCCCGCAAGCGGGUCACCCGUUUCCAGGCGCGGUGUCGAGGGUACUUGGUGCGGAAGGCGUUCAGGCACCGGCUGUGGGCUGUGUACACCAUCCAGGCCUACGCCAGGGGCAUGAUCGCACGUCGACUCUAUAAGCGCCUUAAAGGAGAGUAUAACCGAAGGCUGGAAGCUGAGAAGCUGCGCUUGGCUGAAGAAGAACGCUUUAAAAAAGAGAUGAGCGCCAAGAAAGCCAAGCAUGAGGCAGAGAAAAAACACCAAGAGCGCCUGGCCCUUCUGGCCCGUGAAGAUGCAGAGAGGGAGGUGAGGGAGAAAGAGGAAGCCCGGAGGAAGAAAGAGCUCCUGGACAAGAUGGAGAAAGCAAGGAAUGAACCGGUCAACGACUCGGACAUGGUGGACAAAAUGUUUGGUUUCCUCGGGACCACUUCGUCCCUGCCCGGCCAGGAAGGACAAGCACCGAGGGGAUUUGAGGAUCUGGAGCGUACCCGGGGGGAAAUGGAGGAGGAGGAUUUGGACCAGUCUUUGCCCCUUCCCGAGGAGGAAGAGGAAGAUCUCUCAGAGUACAAGUUUGCAAAAUUUGCCGCAACCUACUUCCAAGGAACCACGACGCACACCUACAUCCGACGGCCCCUGAAGCAGCCGCUUCUGUACCAUGAAGACGAAGGAGAUCAGCUGGCUGCUUUAGCCGUCUGGAUAACUAUUCUCCGAUUUAUGGGGGAUCUUCCGGAACCAAAAUAUCACACGGCCAUGAGUGACGGCAGCGAGAAGAUCCCGGUGAUGACGAAGAUUUACGAGACCCUGGGGAAGAAGACCUACAAAAGGGAACUGCAGGCUCUUCAGGGAGAGGGAGAGAGCGCGCACAUUGACAAGAAGAACAGCAUGCGCCACAAGCUGGUUUCCUUGACGUUAAAGAAGAAGUCCAAGCUGACGGAAGAGGUGACAAAGCGGCUCCACGAUGGAGAAUCCACUCUGCACGGAAACAGCAUGCUGGAGGAUCGACCCACCUCUAAUCUAGAGAAACUCCAUUUUAUUAUUGGGAACGGCAUCCUGAGGCCUACAUUAAGGGAUGAAAUUUACUGCCAAAUCUCCAAGCAGCUCACCCAAAACCCCUCGAAAAGCAGCCAUGCCCGCGGCUGGAUCCUGAUGUCUCUGUGCGUGGGAUGCUUUGCACCCUCCGAGAAGUUUGUUAAGUAUUUGAGAAAUUUCAUUAACGGAGGCCCCCCUGGCUACGCCCCGUACUGCGAAGAAAGGCUUCGGAGGACUUUUGCUAACGGUACCAGGACCCAGCCUCCCAGUUGGCUAGAAUUACAGGCCACAAAGUCCAAGAAGCCGAUCAUGCUGCCGGUGACAUUCAUGGACGGGACAACAAAGACGCUUCUUACCGACUCGGCCACGACAGCGAAGGAGCUCUGCAACUCACUGGCCGACAAAAUCAGCCUUAAGGACCGGUUUGGCUUUUCUUUAUACAUAGCGUUGUUUGAUAAGGUGUCCUCCUUGGGGAGCGGCACUGACCACGUCAUGGACGCUGUGUCCCAAUGUGAACAAUAUGCCAAGGAACAAGGUGCCCAGGAGAGAAAUGCCCCCUGGAGGCUCUUCUUCAGGAAGGAAAUCUUCACUCCGUGGCACAACCCAACUGAGGACAAUGUAGCCACCAACCUCAUCUACCAGCAGAUCGUCAGGGGCGUGAAGUUUGGAGAAUACAGGUGUGAUAAGGAAGAAGACUUGGCGGAAUUGGCGUCCCAGCAGUACUACGUGGAUUACGGCUCCGAGCUGGUAAUGGAGAGGUUAUUUAAUCUCAUCCCAUCCUAUAUCCCCGACCGAGAGAUCACGCCCUCCAAAAACAUCGAGAAAUGGUCCCAGUUUAUAAUCGCGGCUCAUAAAAAGGGAAUCUACACCCAGAAGAGGCCAGAUCCACAAAAAGUCAAGGAGAACGUGGUGGAUUUUGCUCGUUUUAAGUGGCCUUUGCUCUUCUCCAGAUUUUACGAGGCCUUCAAGUUUUCGGGACCCAGCCUGCCUAAGAACGAUGUGAUUGUUGCCGUUAACUGGACGGGGGUUUAUUUUGUGGAUGAACAGGAGCAGGUUCUGCUGGAGCUUUCCUUCCCGGAGAUUACCGCAGUUUCUAGCAGCAGAGGUGGAAAAAUGCAAGGACAGAGCUUCACGUUGGCCACCAUCAAGGGAGACGAGUAUACCUUCACCUCGAGCAACGCGGAAGACAUCAGAGAGCUAGUGGUGACUUUCCUGGAAGGGCUGAGGAAGAGGUCCAAGUACGUGGUGGCCCUUCAUGACAAUCCAAAUCCCGCGGGGGAAGAUUCCGGCUUCCUCAGCUUUCUGAAGGGAGACCUGAUCACCUUGGACCAGGACACCGGGGACACGGUGAUGAGCUGCGGCUGGGCCCACGGCUUCAAUGAAAGAACCAAACAGAAGGGGGAUUUUCCCACCGAGAGCGUCUACGUGAUGCCAACCGUGACCAAGCCUCCGAUGGAGAUUGUGGUGUUAAUUACGAUGCCUCCAGACCAGAAACAAGACGCGGUGCGGACCGUCCAGCUGACCACCUCGGACCACGAGGAAAAAGUGAAGCCGUACACGUUGGAAGAAUUCUCCUACGAUUAUUUCAGGCCUCCGCCGAAGCACACGCUGAGCCGCGUCAUGAUCACCAAGAACCGGGGGAAGGACAAGCUGUGGACGUACACGCGCGAGCCCAUCAAACAAGCCCUCCUGAAGAAAGUGCUGGUCAGCGAUGAGCUGUCGCAGGAGGCCUGCAUGGUCUUCAUAGCUAUAUUAAAAUACAUGGGUGACUAUCCAUCGAAGCGCAUGCGCUCGGUCAAUGAGCUGACAGACCAAAUCUUUGAAGGUGCCUUGAAAGCAGAAGCCUUGAAGGACGAGGUGUACUGCCAGGUCCUGAAGCAACUUACCGACAACCACGUCAAAUACAGCGAGGAGAAGGGCUGGGAGCUCCUGUGGUUGACCAGCGGUCUCUUUCCGCCCAGUAACUUGCUGCUGCCCCACGUGCAAAGGUUUAUCCAGUCGCGCAAGCAGCACGUCCUGGCCGCGGACUGCAUGCAUCGCUUACAGAGAGCGCUGAGAAAUGGCUCCAGAAAAUACCCCCCGCAUUUAGUUGAAGUGGAGGCGAUCCAGCACAAAACAACUCAAAUUUUUCACAAAGUGUAUUUCCCUGACGAUACCGACGAGGCUUUUGAAGUUGAAUCCAGCACCAAAGCCAAGGAUUUCUGUCAAGAUAUCGCCAACCGGCUGCUGCUCAAAUCCUCAGAAGGCUUCAGUUUAUUUGUGAAGAUUUCGGAUAAGGUCAUCAGUGUCCCCGAAGGAGAUUUCUUCUUUGACUUUGUGAGACAUCUGACAGACUGGAUAAAGAAAGCCAGGCCGUCAAAAGAUGGGAUCGUACCUUCCUUGACGUAUCAGGUGUUCUUUAUGAAGAAGCUGUGGACCAACACAAUGCCUGGAAAGGACCCAAUGGCUGACUCGAUUUUCCAUUAUUAUCAGGAGUUACCGAAGUAUCUUCGCGGGUAUCACAAGUGCACCCGAGAAGACGUGCUGCAGCUGGCGGCGCUCAUCUACAGGGUCCGGUUCGAGGACGACAAGUCUUAUUUCCCAAACAUCCCCAAAAUCCUGAAGGAGCUGGUCCCCCAAGAUCUGAUCCGCCAGCUGAACCCAGAUGAGUGGAAGAGGUCCAUUAUAGCUUAUUUUAACAAGCAUGCUGGAAAAACAAGAGAAGACGCCAAGGUCGCCUUCCUGAAGAUAAUCUAUAAAUGGCCAACGUUUGGAUCGGCUUUCUUUGAAGUGAAGCAAACUACAGAGCCUCAUUUUCCAGAAAUUCUCCUAAUAGCUAUCAAUAAACAUGGCGUCAGCUUAAUCGACCCCAAGACAAAGGACAUUUUGGCCACUCACCCCUUCACAAAGAUCUCGAACUGGAGCAGCGGGAACACUUACUUCCACAUCACGAUCGGAAACCUGGUGAGAGGCAGCAAGUUGCUCUGCGAGACCUCGCUGGGAUACAAGAUGGACGACCUUCUUACGUCCUACAUCAGUCAGAUGUUGACUUCAAUGAGCAAACAGAGAGGGACCAAAGCCAGCAAGUGAACGGACGUGCAGCGCUGGCACCAGGCUGUAGACUUUAUUCGCAGAUUGAAGCCGGUGGGAUAUCCCUGCAGCUGGGAGAAGACUUUCUCACCCCACGUUUGGAACAUGAGCAGGACCGGAUCCCAGAUCUCAGCGGAUUCCGAGGCUGAAGGUUCACUAACCCCACCAUCCAGCGAGGAUGACUAUCUGUGAUCAGGUUCUUCCUGACGAGGUCUACUGAAGUUACAUCUUCUGAGUUGUGGGUCUACAUGGGGCGUAGGACACAUCCAGCAAGAUUCCUACUUGGAAGGGUGGAAGGAAAGAUUCCUCAAGGGACAUUGUAUGAAAUGAGAUGAUUUAAAAAAAAAAAAAAAGUAUUUUAAUGGUUAAUUUUAAGUGAAAGCCAAAUCGGAAACCCUAUGGCUACCAAUACGUCACCCGCACUACGAUGAUUGUUGGAAAGUUACAUUGCGGGUGCGCUACGAUAAGAGCAAAUUGUGAAAGUUGUGAACAUAUAUAAUAUAUUGCAAAUUACAGAGGGUCCCAUGGGGUCCUUAAGGUAUUGAAGAGUACAUUCCAUGGUAUAUUAAUUUAUUUAACUUAAAGUUAUGCACAUC